AAGAAACAAGAAAGGGUUUAAUGGCGAGCUUCGAUGUGAAGACGAUAGUCAAGGACAAGAGAUUCUGGGCAGCUUCCUUCCUCAUCGCCUGGGCUGCUGGUCUCCAGGGGCACAUGAUGUGGCUCCAGAGGCAAGAUUCUUUUAAGCAGAAAUUCGGAACAAUCGAUGAAGAAGAGCAGAAAUGAUUGAACCAUUUAGCUGCUUUUUUUGUGAGUCUUGAGGAUGGUUACAGAUUUGUUUUGAAAUAUUUAAUCAAAUGGUUAAGUAAACAUCAUAUUUUAUGGAGUUUUUUUUUGUUGUUGUUGUACUAAAGAAUUGCCAUCUUCUUCUUCAUUCUACAAUUAGUUUAUUUUAUUUUAUCAAGACUUCUAAUCCAGUGUGGUAUAUAGGAUCUCUGUAGUUGUUAAGAAGUGUCAAUAAAGAGGGAUGUUGUGUUUAUUAUUUUUCAGUGAACAAAGAUAAAGUGGGCGGUGGAGUUGAAUGAUUUCUCUUGUAAUUCACUCUCAACAGCUAAGCUUGUCCUUUGAUCAAAUCUUGUAGCUUUUCUUCGCUUAUAAUCCUUC